GAGAAGACACAAAGGGCGCCAGGGGAGGCCGAUUUCUCUCCCGACCAUGAUUCAGGAGGAAGCUCGGCCACGGCCCAGGCCAGCUGGCAGCGCCUGCAGCGGAGGGCUUGCAGAGACAGGUCUCAGAGACCCACCCCGGGCCCUGUAAAGAAGGCACCUCCUCCGUCACAAGCUCUCAGGCCUUCCAAGUUCUGCUUCGAUUGAGGACUUGGCGCAAUGUGCCCAGCAGGACCCGCGUGAGGGCACCGGCGUCUUCUCGCCGACAUGACCCCCAGGGACAGCGCAGGCCCCGUGCGCAGCCUCAAGUUUGUGACUCUGCUGGUGGCCCUGAGUCCAGACCUCCUCCGCUGGGGAGCCGGGCUGCAGCUUCGGGACAACGGCUACGAGGAGCUGCUUGUUGCCCUGCAUCCUCAGGUGUCCGAGGACCCGAGCCUCAUCCCGCACAUUAAGGAAAUGAUAACGGAAGCUUCCUUUUACCUGUUCAACGCUACCAAGAGAAGAGUGUUUUUCAGAAGUAUAAAGAUUUUAAUACCUGCCACAUGGACAGCCAAUAAUUAUAGCAAAGUGAAACAAGAAUCAUAUGAAAAGGCGCAGGUCCUGGUGACUGACUGGCACGCAGCACCCGGAGACAGCCCGCACACCCUGCAGUACAGAGGGUGCGGGAAAGAGGGAAAAUACAUUCAUUUCACGCCUGACUUUCUCCUAAAUGAUGCCUUAACGGCCGGCUACGGAUCACGAGGCAGAGUGUUUGUGCACGAGUGGGCCCAUCUCCGCUGGGGCGUGUUCGAUGAGUACAACCGUGAGAAGCCUUUCUACAUAAAUGGGCAAAAUCAAGUUAAAGUAACAAGGUGUUCAUCUGACAUCACAGGCGUUUUCGUGUGUGAAAAAGGUCCUUGCCCCCAAGAAAACUGUAUUAUUAGCAAGCUUUUCAAAGAAGGAUGCAUGUUUCUAUUCAAUAGCACCCAACACGCAACUGCAUCGAUAAUGUUCAUGCAAAGUUUACCUUCUGUGGUUGAAUUCUGUAACGCGAGUACCCACAACCAAGAAGCCCCAAACCUACAGAACCAGCUGUGCAGCCUCCGAAGUGCAUGGGAUGUAAUCAGAGCCUCGGGCGACUUUCAGCACAGCGAGCCCAUGAAGGGGACGGAGCUCCCGCCGCCUCCCACGUUCACCCUCCUACAGGCUGGCGACAGAGUGGUCUGUUUGGUGCUAGAUGUGUCCAGCAGGAUGGCAGAGGCUGACAGACUCCUUCGACUGCAACAAGCGGCAGCAUUCUACCUGACACACAUGGUUGAGAGUCACACCUUUGUGGGCAUUGCCAGUUUUAACGGCCAAGGGGAGAUCAGAGCCCAGCUACACCAAAUUAACAGUGACGACGACCGGAAGCUGCUGGUUUCGUACCUGCCUGCCGCAGUGUCAGCUGAAGCAGAAGCCAGCGUCUGCUCAGGGCUGAAGAAGGGAUUUGAGGUGGUGGAAAAACUGAAAGGAAAAGCCUUCGGCUCGGUGAUGAUCCUCGCGGCCAGCGGAGGCGACCAGCGCAUCUCCGACUGCUUCCUCGCCGCGCUCAGCAGCGGCUCCACGGUUCACACCCUCGCGCUCGGCUCAUCCGCGGUCGACAGCCUGGAGGAACUGGCGCGACUUACUGGAGGUCUAAAGUUCUUUGUUCCAGAUAAAUCCGACUCCACCAGCAUGAUUGAUGCCUUCAGUAGAAUUUCUUCUGGAACCGGAGAUGUUUUUCAGCAGCAUAUUCAGCUUGAAAGCACAGGUGAAACCGUUAAACCCCACCAUCAGCUGACAAACUCUGUGACUGUGGAUGACGGCGUGGGCAAUGACACCACCUUCCUAGUCACGUGGCAGACUGGUGGCCCCCCAGAGAUGGUAUUACGUGAUCCUAACGGGAGAAAGUACCACACAGACGAUUUUGUCACCAGUCUGGCUUUGCAGACCGCUCGCCUCUGGAUUCCAGGCACUGCUCAGCCGGGGCUGUGGACUUACACACUGAACAAUAGCCACCAUUCUCCUCAAGCCUUGAAAGUGACAGUGACCUCUCGCGCCUCCCUCCCAGCCGUGCCCCCUGCCACUGUGGAAGCCUUUGUGGAGAGAGACAGCACCCGCUUUCCCCAUCCCAUGAUGAUUUAUGCAAUUGUCAGAAGGGGGUUUUAUCCCAUUCUCAACGCCACUGUAACAGCUACAGUUGAGCCAGAGGCUGCAGAUCCUGUUACACUGCGACUUUUGGAUGAUGGAGCAGGUGCUGAUGUUAUCAAAAACGAUGGAAUUUACUCGAGGUAUUUUUUUUCCUUUGCUGGAAAUGGUAGAUACAGCUUGAAAGUGCAUGUCAGUCACCCGGCCAGCGUCAGCGCCGCAACCCGCUCUGGUCCAGGAAGUCACGCUAUGUAUGUGCCAGGUUACAUAACAAACGGCAAUAUUCAGAUGAACGCCCCAAGAAAACCCGUGGGCAGGAGUGAGGAGGAACAAAAGUGGGGCCUUAGCCGAGCAGCCUCGGGGGGCUCCUUUUCUGUGCUGGGCGUUCCAGCCGGCCCCCACCCUGACAUGUUUCCCCCAUGCAAAAUUGUUGACCUGGAAGCUGUGAAAGUAGAAGAGGAGGUGGCUUUAUCUUGGACUGCACCUGGAGAAGACUUUGAUCAGGGCCAGGCUAAAAGCUAUGAAAUAAGAAUAAGUAAAAGUCUGCAGAAUAUUCAAGAUGACUUCAACAGUGCCAUUUUAGUGAAUUCAUCAAAGCUAAAGCCUCAGCAGGCUGGUACCAAGGAGACGUUUACAUUCUCACCUGAGCUUUUCACAAAUGGACCUGAACAUCAAGCUGAUGGAGAGACACAAAGAAGCCACCGAAUUUACGUGGCAAUACGAGCGGUAGAUAGGAACUCCUUAAGGUCUGCUGUAUCUAACGUUGCCCAGGCAUCUCUGUCAGUUCCCCCAAAUUCUACUCCUGUCCUUGCUAGAGAUGAUCUUAUAUUGAAAGGGGUUUUGACAGCAAUAAGUUUUAUAGGAGUCAUCUGCCUCACUAUAGUUAUCAUACAUUGUACUUUAAACAGGAAAAAGAGAGCAGAUAAGAGAGGGAAUGAAACAAAAUUACUAUAAACAAAUGUACAGAGUACUUUCCUUCUUAAAUAUAAAAACCAUGGCUUUUGCUCUUUAAAAAAUAUACCAAUAAAGUAAAAUUAACAUCUGA